AUGGCAAAAAGCAAAUGGAAGCAGCAACUGAAGCGUCGAGCGUUUACAACAUCCCCGUCCGUGGGUUCUUCCAGUACUGAUACAAAGCAUUCACAUUGUACCAACAAGAGACAAAAAUCGUCAAAUUUGACUGGAGAUGCUGAGUGCGAGGUGGAAAUGGCUACGUUAAUCUUUGACGAUGCCUUCUCAGCUGGUUUGGCCUUUGAGCAGCUCAGUUCGUACGAUGGAGCAGUGGAAGCUUUCAAACGUGCAGUUGAGUGUCAACCGGAUCAUUUAGGGGCACUCACGCACCUUGCAGAUGAUUAUUAUUUGGCUGGAGACCUGGAUAAAGCACUAAUAUACUAUACCAAGGCUAGCAAACUAACGGAUGGACAGGAGGAUGCGUCUAUCUCGUUUCGACUUGGCUUAACGUAUUCUGCUUUGAAACAGUUGCCAAAGGCGACAGAAGCUUAUCAAAUGUCGAUGAGGAUCAAUGCCCGAGCUUUGGAUGCUGCCAAUAACGCUGAUGAAGGUAGUGAACAGAUUGAGAAAGCGUACGGCAUUACACUUGCAGCACUUGCUGAAGCUUAUGGUGAACUCGGAGAUUUGGACGCAGCGGUCAAGGUGUUUGAAGACGCGGCCGAUAGGUUUCCAAACUCUGCAAAUGUGCACUACAACUUGGCCACUAUGCGUAUGGCGAGAAGCAAAAGUACUGAGGACAAUGCUUUUGAUGCAGAAGUGGUGCGAAUGUUAGAGCGAGCGAUUGAGCUUGAUCCGAAAACGCGCGACUUUAUUGUCGACCUCGUCGCGUACUUGGAGCAGCAUCAGCAGCAGCUGGAUCGGCUUUGUCAGCUGAAGCGGAAAGCUGAAGAACUGGAAUCUGCUGAUGCAACAGUGGGAAAUAAUGGAGAUAGAGAUGGAGAGGAUCAUGAGGAGAUUGCUUCGAGCGAAGGGGACGAGAAUAGCGAAGAUGAAGAAGAUAGCGAGGAUGGGGAGUAA